UCCGUCUACAAGCGAACGACAGCAGCAUGGGCGCGUCCGCAUCAAGCUUCGUAGCAAAGGAGUCCACAUCGCUGAGCACACUCAUCGCCUUCUCGAAGGACCCCCGCACGGCUCUCCUCAGUGCACGCGAUCACUUCGGCGACAUCUUUCUUGUCGAAAGCGCGUUCGUCACGACGCGGAUUGCAGGUUUGUGCGGUCCAGAAGCUCUCCAACAGUUCGAAGAGAAGAUGCUGGAAGGAGCGCUGGUGCGGGAAGGUGCGUUUCCCCCGUCGAUCUUGGCGCUUUUGGGACCGAUUCUCGUCACGAUGGACGGGGAAGUCCAUCGCACGAAGAAGAACGCGCUCCUCCGAGCGGUCUCCCCGGUGCAACUGGACGUGUACAAGCCCAUCAUUCGCCGCAUUAUCCAAGCUGAGCACAGCAAGUGGGCGGCCCACGGUGGCGCGAUUUCGUUCGCGCUGAACACCAAGAUCCUAGUCUUUAAAAUCCUUCUCGCCGUCCUCUACGGCAUGGAAGGCGAGUUCGAUUCAUUUCGAACGUACAUAGAGGAUUACGUGGCUGCCAUCAAGCAGUCAGCCAAGACGACGAGUGCUCAUGGCGUCACAUGCCGUGCGACGUUUAUCGCAGAGAUCCUUGAGCCGGCUAUCGCGGCGGCCAAGGCGCGCCAACAAGUCAACGCGACGUCGUCAGGUCCGCUCGAGUCAGUGCUAGACGUCCUCGUCGCCAGCGGCGAAUUGAACGACGACGACCUCAAGAACGAAGGAUUCCACAUCAUGUUUGCUGGUUUUGGAGGGUUGUCGGCGGCAGCAACGAACCUCAUCACGGCGGCGGUCGUGUUCCCGGAAAUCCGAGCCCAAGUGUUUGCCGCCCGCGACAAGUACUUGAGUAAGUUUGGAGACGAUCGUUGGGGCCACUUGGACGACCUCGGGUACUUGAACAAGUACAUCCUCGAAGUCAAACGCUUCUUUCUCGCGGGACCGACUCAAGUUUACGCCAAGGCCGCGCGCGACGUGGACCUGGUGACGUCGAAAGGCGUGUUUCACUUGUCCAAGGGGUCGCUUGUCAUGGCUGGCCUCGAAGCGACAAACCACGACCCGGACGUAUGGGCCGCCCCCAACACUUUUGAUCCGUCCCGGUUCAACGACGCCGACAUUGACGCGGCACACGGUGUCAAAAACACUCGCAAGUACUCGUUCUGUCCACACGGGUUUGGCGAUGUGCGCAACCGCCGAUGCGCUGGCGAAGAGCUGUCCACGAUCGUGAUGCAGUCCCUCCUCGUGUCGUACUUUGAUUUUACGUGGAAGAUGGUGCCUGGCCAAAACUACACCCUCCAACCCCACUCGGUCACGGCGGUCCCCAUCGGUCUCCUCAUGGCAAUGGGUUUCCAGCGACAACAAGACGACGGAUCGGGCAACCUCGACUACGGCGUUGUCGGAAGCCAUGCCGACUGGAAAUUUCUCCGGCGACCCGACGUCCAAGAACUCACAGGUCACAAUGCAGCCGAGUACUUUGACGAUUCCCGGUUGGACUUGUGGACCCGGCUCAUGAUCAAGCUCAUUUCAAAAAAGCAGAGUGUGUGGAACCGCCCGUAUGCGCAGUCGGCGCUGUCGCUUCCGAUGGAACAAGUCGUGCUCGACAAAAUCACGUUGAUUCAAACCCAGAUCGAAAUUCCCACCGUCGACGAAGACUGGCCGUCCCAGCCGUGGCUCGAGAUCCAACAAUCCAACCUCCUCCGAGAUCACGCCCCGUUCGUCGAUGAUUUCGACCACCCGUGGCUGCCCGCGGAGGACGGCGAGCGCUACGUCAUGAGCAAGGUGGGCCACAUGUGGCCCCGCGUAAACGUGCACUGGAACGAUCGGUACUCGGACCGUGCGCUGGAGCUCCUUGUAUUUCACGGGUUGGGCUCGCAUCUGGUGCAAAAGCUGCCCCAAGAGCACGACGAUGGGUCGUACUAUGGUCUGCUACUCAACGUGAUGCAGGGACUGGAGGUGCGCCCGGGCUUUGCCAAGUACGGGGCGGACGCGUUCUUUGAUAAGCACGGGCACGUGGUCAAAAUCAAGCGCGGUGACCAGACGUACACGAAAACGGACGCUGCAUGGGAGUACGUGAAAAUGUGUUUCCGCGGCAGUUUGCAAACCAAAGUGACCGCGGUGGACCACUUGCUCGGCGUGCAUGCGACGGCUGCCAACUACUUGGUCACGAGCUCGCGCGAGAAGCUGCCGGUGAACCACCCGUUGCGACGAUUGAUCAAGCCGUUCGUGUUUCGAUCGGUCGCGAUCAACUACAGCGCCGGUCGCGCGCUCUUUUGGCCCAACGGCAUGCUCCAGCGCGCCUAUGCGCUCACCACGGCCGGGAUGAAGUCCACGUGGGAGUUUGGUUUGUCUCAAUUCGAGUACGCGACGUUCCCCGACCGUAUUGCCAGGCAACAGAUCGACACGUUGACCAUUCCGUUCCACGAAGACGGGCUCGAUUACUGGAACAUCAUGAUCAAGUUUGUGAGCAGCUACGUCGACUUGUACUACCCCGACGACGCCUCGAUUCAGCACGAUGACGACGUGGUGGCAUUCUGGAGCAACUUGACGGCGGUAUCGCCGGCGCCGCUUCCUGACUUGAACAAAUCCAAUCUCAAGGACUUCUUGGCCGAGGGAUUUUUCCUCGUUUCGAGCAUGCACAACCACUUGGGCACGAUUGCAGAGUACGUGAGUGACCCGGCGUUUUGCCCGUCCGCGUGGGUCGAAGGCGAGCUGAGCGCUCGCCCUGGCAACGCCGUCCGCCUUGCCCUCAUCAUGACUGCAACUGGAUUUACGCAACCUUCCAUCACGGAGGACUUUUCCCACGUGAUGCUAGAUGAUGCAGCCAAGGCGAUCGUGCGUACGUUUACAACCGAUGUGAAGGCCCAGAUCAAAGUUGUCGAUGCCCGCAAUGCCACGCGGGUACAGCCGUUCCAGUCGUUCAACCCCAAGACGAUGGAAAUGGCAGUCAGCAUCUAAGUCGCAUCCUCGGCACGGGAGAGCUUCCAAAGCAAAGGCGCAGCAUACCUUGGAGAAAUAAACACCACAUUUGCCAA